UCAAUAUGGUUGACUUACGAAAGGUAUCAAGGUUUAUCAGGUCAAAUCAUUUUGAUAUGAGAUUGAAACUAAGACAUAUUUGUACACACUGACUGAUAAUUUACUUCACUUUGUCCUUGACGCACAUACGUGAAUCAUACAAACGCAUUUAGUGCAAAAAUGGCGACCGAUAUCAAUGUUGCGUCUGGAUUUACCGAUGAAGCAAACCCGAGCUGCUUCGAUAUCCGGGCAAUGCCACCGCAACCGAAGGAGGCAAAACCGGGACAGCUGCCAGAACAAAUGAUAAAGAAAUUUUUUGAAGACGGUUUUGUGAUCGUGGAAGAUUUUUUUGACAAGAAACUCCUAGACGACUGUAGAGAGGCCGUGAAUGAGCUGGUAGAACAACUAGCUCAGAAGUUAUUUAAAGCUGGUAAAAUAAAAGAUCUAUACAAAGAUUUCGGAUUUUUCGAACGACUGAUAAAAAUAGAGGCAGAUUUUCCUGGAGCAAAUGUUAUUCUGCAUAAAUACGGAAAACUUCCUCCGGCAUUCAAGUCACUCUGGACAAAUGAUAAACUGCUGAAUGUUGUGGAACAAUUGAUAGGACCAAAUAUAGCAGGGCAUCCUGUUUGGAAUCUGAGGACUAAAACCCCGCAAAAUGAGGCAACCACUGUCCCAUGGCAUCAAGAUGUAGGGUACCUGGACAAUAACUCAUACAAGGUGUUACAGCCGACAGCAUGGAUACCACUUCUAGACACCAACGAGUUUAAUGGAUGCAUGGAGCUCAUGAAUAAAGGUCAUAGAACAGGCAAAGUCGGGACACAUCAGUGUUGCCAUGGCGGCACGUGGUACGUAAUGCUGGAGGAAGACGAAAUGAAACAGAAAUUAGACAUUGAUGUUGAGAAAGAUAAAGUAUUAUGUCGUGUACCGUAUGGCGGAAUGCUGUUGCUGAAUAACAUGAUACCGCACAGAAGUUUGCCGAACGUUUCCGACCAAACACGAUGGAGUCUCGACCUCCGAUGGCAAAACCCGAAACUUCCGAAUGGUUUCUACGGCAUGAAAGAAUGUGUAUUGAUGAGAACAGAGGAUAAUCCGAAUCUAAAGGUUGACUGGGACAAAUUCGAGGGAAUAGAUAGAGACACAGUACAAAGAAAGUCUGUAGAGGACAUGAAAGACGUUAUUCCUAAAGCCGAAGAUGACGAUUUUGAUAUCACGAUCCAGGGUCCGUGGAUGAAGAAAUGGGAAAUAGUGCACGUGAAUGAUCAUGUCAGCAAAUUGGAUGCAAAUAAAGAUUAUGCAACAUGGCAUGGUCACAAAGCAUAAACAAUCAUUGAAAAAUUGUGAUAACUUAAACGAUUUGGAAAAAUUAUGACCAAUGAUAGACACAUGACCACAACUCUUGGACGACACGUUUCUGUUGAAUAAACAGUUUCUUGCGUAGAAAAUAAGCUUCUUGCAUGAUUAUAGUCAUUUCACAAAAUUUGUAAUUUGUUCAUUGAAAGUUUACAAUUAUAAGUCUUCAUAGACUAUACUUUCUAGUUAAAAUAUCAUAGUAAAAAUGGCGAAGUACAGUGUAGUAUAAUUAGAGAAAAUGUCAAAGUAUAUUAAUAAAUAUCUUAAAGUGGUUUCUUACGAUUUAUAGAUUUGCUAAAAAUGCAAGUCUAUUACUAAUUAAUAAACAAAUAAAAUCUAGAAUAGAAAA